AUGUACAUUGGAGUGCUAUCAAAAAAAAUUGACGACAAGUUUGACUUGAAAAAUGACUCCAAAUUUGGUGGUGCCCCCGUGUGGUUAUAUGGGAAACAACCAACCAACUUCAAUUUGGAGUGUCCAACGUGCAAAAACGAUUUGACGUUUUUAUUUCAAUUAUCAACGUCGUAUAAUGAGUACGUAAGAAUACUGUACUUGUUUUGCUGCUUGAACAGUGGGAAGUGCAACGUGAACAGAAACAGCUGGGUUUGCAUUAAGGGAAAAAAAAAGCUAUUUCAAAAUAGGGGUGGUGAUAAAGUGGGCCCAGAGUCAUGGAUAGACGGCUGUGCCAAAAGCGAAAUCUGUCACAAUGGAAGAGCAAAUCUGAGUGAUCCUCAAAAAGGAGUCUUCCCCAAUUGUAGCAGAACAGAUUGGAGACAAUCCAUUUUUGAUUUCUCCAGUGAAAAUAUAAAAAAAGAAGACUCUCUCACAGAAGGUGUAACUUUUAUGGAGGAAAAAUUAAUUGACUGGAAUUCCUUAUUUUCCAAGAGUGCUACGGAAGAGAAAAAAAGGAACAGCUCAUCCUUUGGUAACGCCAUUAGUCCAAGCUUUAGUGGGGUAAAUGGGAAACCAAGACAUAACCAUUCACCUGUCGUAGAGGAUAUUUUCCAAGCGAGUGAACCUAACGGGGGAGACGAACUUCUUGGGCCGCCCCAAAUGAGGCACAAAAAGGAAAACUUCAUGGAAGAACGAGACAGAAGUUGCAGAUUACCCACUUUUUACAUUUCCCUGAUUGAAGACGAUGGAGAUGAUUGUGGACGGGGAGACUACCUCUACGAAAAGGCGAAAAAAAUGCAUGAAACGUAUGAACAACACAAUAAGGAAAACAUGGAAGAGGACGCAGAUCUGGUGAUAGGAAAGGAUCACUAUCUGGACGACAUUGGUGAUAUCGAAUUCUUCGAAAAUGAUUUUAACGGAUGUGUAAAAUUCUAUUCCUACUUAAGUAAAAACUACAGUCAAAUAUUAAGGUAUUCUUAUAAUGGGAAAUUCUUAUAUAUGUACAAAUCGACGAAGAAAUACAUCAAGGAACGGACCAUGACCUGUGCUCACUGCGGGAGCAGGGUACUCUUCGAGGUGCAGUUCUUUUCCACGUUUGUCUAUCAAAUAGAGAAAAGGCUUGAAGAGGAAGAAGAAGAGAAGGAUAACCUUUCAGGCAAUUCGCUAACCAAUUUCAACGUGGGGAAUGUCAUGAUAUUCACAUGUGAACGGGACUGCGUUACGGUGGACGAUAUGUAUUCCUAUGAGCGCGUCGAGUUGGAAGUCUUCUAG